CAGCAGUAGAUGCGCGCCCCAUCUUCUUCUCGUAAAAUUGUACAACAACUCAGAGCUCAUACGUAGUUUUUCUUGUUUUAGUUUGGUGUGCGUUUAAUUUCUCUCUUGGCCACGCGCGUAUGUGGUGAUAGAGACUUGCUGGCCAGGCCAUUGCUGCUGCUGCUGCUACAUGCAUGAGUCCGAUACUCGAAGAAGACGACGACGACGACGUGUAUCUACGCUGUGAAGAACUGCUCUUCUUCUUUCAGUGUGUCUCGGUGAGACUGGGCCAGCAGUGAAAAUAAUUGUGUGGUGACUUCACUCCGUUCGAAAUAGGUGCACAUCGAGUCGAAAGUUUUUCUGUUCCUUCGUAUCUGAACCCCCGCGGAAGUGCUCUGCAGCCGGUCCCGGAGCGAUGGCCAAACUGAAGGACAGCGAGGUGAUCCUCAGGUACCUGUACCUCGGCACCGAUCAGCCGUUCUACAUUCGCAAACCCCAACCGCUGAACAUUGAGGAAGGCUGUAGGAUUCUCGGCCCUAUCAAGACUCUGGCUGAGGCGACUUCGACGACGACGACGACGCAGUCGAACGCUGUCAAUGGAGCGGACGAAGAUCCGCUAGUCCGGAAGUUGGCCGAAGCGGUAACGCUGACCGAGCCUCCGCUCGAGAUGGUUGAGAGGGUCAUGAAAAGUGGCUCGCUGGUUCGUCCGGACGAGUGCCUCUUUGCGCUGGCUUUCCUAGCGCGGACGUUCAAAACGCCCGAGGAAAAGCACAAGGUGUACGAGACCAUCCCGAAGCUGAUCGAGCGUUCGGAGGAUCUGUUCCAGUUUGUGCACUUCUACCAGAAGCUGGCGACCACCGGCAAGGGAUUUGGUCACGGCAUGAAGACGGCGCUAACCAAGUGGUACGACAAACAUUCCGCCGUGGAGUUGGCCAAGAUGUUCGCGUCGGACCGUAGCUGUCACAAGUGGAGCCAUAAGGAUCUGGCGGUGAUGCUGCACAUGAACCUGAAGGACAGAGAAAAGAUGGAAGUCAUCAACGCUGCAGUGGGUGGGAAAAAGAUACGAUCCAACGGUGAAAAAUCGGACGUGGCCAGCAAAAAGAAGAAGUCGGAUGGGGUGGAAAAUGGUGCGGAAGCUUCGGAGGAGCCGAAAAAAGAGGAUGAGAAAGCUGGUGAGGAGAAGGUCAGCGAAGCUGUGCAGAUUUUAAAGGACAUUAAAACCUUCAAGGCGGUUCAGACGGCCACGCAAGCCUGCCAGAUGAUCAAGCAGCAUCAGUACACGAUCCAGCUGGUGCCGGCUCCGUUGCAGCGUGUGUCCGCCGUCUGGGAGAGUCUGUUCUCGCGCAUGGCCUACAGAGACAUUGUCCAGGCUGCGCUGGUACUGCAGGACUACAAGCUGCUGAAGGACGUCGACACGCCGUUUUCGACCGCGUACGGUAACGUGCUGAACCGCGUGACUUCGGUGUCCGAAUCGAAGCUCCAUCCCAUCUUCAUCUACCAGACGAUGCGACUGUACGAGGAACGGCAACGCUACCUGAACGUGGUCAAGGAAGCCGUGCACACCGCCAACAAUUUAGCGCUGAAAAACGUGACGGCCAAUCCGACGGUGAUGAAGCAGUUUUACAACGCGUUGAACAGCUCGAUGCUGAACUAUCAGCGCACCGGGUUGCGAUUCUUCGUCACGCUGGAUUUGAGAUCGAAGCAGUCGAAAAAACCCGUUUUUGGGAACCGUCUGAUGUCGUGCCAGGCGGCGUUCGUUCUGCUGACCCUGCCGAUGUUGAAGCGCGAAACGCACGUCAACAUUAUGUCGUUCACGGAGCAGCCGACCAAGCUGAACAACGUCAACCUGACCCGCGAGAUGGCCUACUUCCAGGGCUGCGAUCACAUCCAGGCGAUCGCCAACCGGAAGACCAAGGUGGACAUUUGCGAGCCGAUUCGACACGCGCAGCGCGCCAAGGCAAAGGUGGACGUGUUUUUGACGAUCGUGGACUCGCUCAUCCGCGUCAACCCGAAGCGGGACUCGCCGGUGCAGGUGCUGAACACGUACAACGCCGAAACGCGCAACAAAGCGGUGUACAUUAUUGUCAGCCUGAGUCGCCACCAGCAGGACCUGCGCCACGCGGAUAUGGUCGCAACCAGACGGGUGCUGGAAAUCGUCGGUUGUACCGAGGAGACGCCGAAGGUGAUCGAUGCGUACGUACGGGGACACUUUACGUAAGCGAUCGCGGAAUUGUUGGCAGAAGGUAUCUUAAUCGUAUUUUACUAUGGAUUUAUUCAGCGGUAGUUGUAGAUGCUUCGGGCAAGGAUUUUCUCGUAAACUGCAUAGCGUGUAAACCCAGUAUAGUGCAGCUUAGUCUGGUCCCUCUUUGUUUGCAACGCCAUGUGGAUUUUUUUAGAAUAUUCGUACACUUUAAGCAAGCAGUGUAUGUGGGUUUUAGGAAAUUGAAAUUUGGUUUGAAAAUAAAAAUCAACCCCAAAUUUGGCGAUAAAGUUACGAAAAAUUUAAAAUGAUUGCAAAAUCAAUAACACGGAAAGAGGAACCAUCACCAAGGCAUUCUUAAAAGAUGUCAGAAGACGACGUUUUUACAUCUAAUGUGACCUCGGUCUCACCAAAUGUGCAGUAUUUUAUUAACUCUUAAUAAUGUGUGCUUUUCAAUACAAAAUUUUCAUGCGUACUUCGAGAUUCGAAUAGUAGCACUUUAGUUGAGAGCAAAGGUUGUGAGCAUUCGCUUUUUUGUUGAAAGUCGAUGAGCGCAACGCAAAGUCACUCACACAGUCAUUUGACUCUCGCCACCUCUCUCACUCGCGAAGAGCUCGUUCGUUUGAGGAUUACAGAAAUUUCUAUUACUUUCCUCGUGGCUGCUUUCAAAUGACUGCUGUCAGCAACGCACCAGGAAGAAAGAGAGAAAAAGGAAAAAAGAGAAAGAGCAUGUGCAUUUGUGUCGCGCGGCUGCUUGAGUGUUGAGCUCGGUUUCGAUCGUGACUAGCUUCGUGUGUGUUCACUUACGGUCUAUUCGUCAUGACGACCAUGACAGGUGCGUUCUGUCAGCCUUCAACGAUCGGAGCUCGAUGGUGAAAGCUAACUGACUAUAUCUCUUUCAUUUUUUGGAAAUCACGGUCUUUGACCAUUUUUGAGCAUUGGUUGAGAGUAUGACUCUUUACCCUUAAUGUAGCGGAGAGGUAAAAAGGAAAGUUGCUCUUCGCCGUUUGCCGUUUUAUUUUCUCGUGAUCUUUCGCCUUGUUUCACCAGGGACUUCAAAUUUUAAUGAUUUAUGUAUUUUUUAAAAAGAAAAACACUGAUCCCUGAAAUCGACAAAUUCGGAUAUUAGUAAACUCACACCACUCUGCUGAUUUGGGAAUGGAUCUCCUCUUCUCCGUGUAGAUUUGAAUGUGAAAUUAUUUGACUAAAUUUCGCAUGAAAGCCAUUAACAUCUUCGAUUAAAUUUGCGAAUAGAAAAACAAACGCUACUGAGGGAGAUUCAACCAUAAUUGAUUUAAGAGUGCCACUCCAAAAACGAAAAAGGAAAAACCGAACAUUUCAAAAUGUGCAACCCAAUCGUGAUUCAAAAUCACUGCGAAAGCAAUAGUGUGAUAUUAACCGUGCAACAACACAAACUUAUCGAACGCAAAACGAAACGACAGCGUAUUCGCGCAAUACAAAAACGAUCCAAUCUUCUGAAAGUAUGAACAGAAUAAAGUUGUUAAUGCUUAUUUUAUUGUUAUCUCUGAAAUAAUACGAUGCUUUUGUUAUACAAUCGACCAAAUUGGCUCCUUCAGUUGGUAGCGGCAAUUUGGGAUUUUUUUUGUGUGAGAUUUUCAUCAUUUUCAGUAACAAACAAAUAGGCUUCGCAUGUUUAGAGAUAUGUUUGUACUGAUUUAAAAAAAAAACACAGAAUUACAUGCGCGAUGACCCACAUGCACAAGCCAGUAAGUUUAAAUGUAAGCUAUAAUCCCUUAAUAAGAUAGCUGAUAGUGUGUGUUUUGCUUAACAUUUUCAGAAAUAUCAACACAAUAAAUUAUACAACUCGACAUUAUUGAAGUUGAUGUCAGCUUCGUAAGGUAUGAUAGAUUUGGGCUCACUGAACGACAAAACUAAAUUUUAGUGAGUUUCCAACCAAUAAAUAAAAUUAUGAAGGCGCAACUUAGUUAAUCUCUGAAGGGAAGAAGUGCUUAAGAUGAAUCCAAAUGUAAUUCUUUCAAUUGAGGCGUUUUCUGGGAGCCUAAAAUUAUCAUACCUUGAAGAGACAAGCGCUUACUGACAUGUUAUAAGGGCGGAUCGACGAAUAAUCUCAUCUUGGUAGUGGAAGUUAAAGUGUAAUUCACAUAUUUACACGACAUUGCACAUUACAUAAAUUAUUCAACGGUAUCGAUAAUCUAACGUUAAACUUAUUCUCUUCAAGAAUCUUGUCCAAGCAAGGAGAGUAACUAGUGUAACUUGAAGUAAAGCUCGUUUCUCUGCUAAGAUUUAAGUUGCCCAUGAAUGUCUAUUACGUAGAAAUCUACGCAAACAAAUCAAUUUCAGCAAAAAAUAUCAGAAACUCUUUUCCUUCAGUUUUAACCAAGUUUCGCCAGUGACAACGCACACCGCGGGUUUGGUUUUCUAGCUUCGGUACGAGCCCGAACCCAUUUGUGUGUUGGUAUUUUGGUUCAUCGUACCAGCGCACCAAGACACUCGUCGGCUCGGUUUCGUGUCUGGAACUCACCCGUGGCAUGAAUCCAGCGUAUAAGCCAAGGUGGUUCACUCGGUACGUGCCGUGGUACGCGCUGUGGUGUUGAAUCCGGUUUGUACCGCAGGCGCAUACCAUGUGCCGAGUGAACCACAUUGGCUCAUACGCUGGGUUCAUGCCACGGGUGAGUGCCAGACACGAAACCGAGCCGACGAGCCGAGCGUGCGAACCAAAAUACCAUCGGCUCGAAUCUGUCGGGUACGGGUGUAAACCGAACAAAGCAGGCGCAAAGCAAAACCGAGGUACAAGUGAAUCGCGUGUGCCGCACGGUGCAGGGAAGCUUGGCUUUAACAAAAAAAAAAUUAAACACAGUUUAAAAUAAUGUUCAAUCCCGUUACAAUCAGAACUCAUGUUGCUCAUAUGAUUUUUAAUUAAAAUUACAAAUUUAAUCUUUUAUUUCCUUGAUAGUUAAGCUACAGCACGAUUCAUAUGUAUUAAGUAUGUGUACGUGUUCUUGUAAUCUUAAGAUAAUACCUUACUGUUAAUCACAAAAAUCCCAAGAUGAGUAAAGCAUAGAGUAGCCACCCUAAAAGCGGCAAAGGAUACCCUUCAUAAUACCUAGCAAAUAACCUAAAAUUCAUGCAAACUUUUUGCUACAAAGCAAUGAGUUUGGAAAGCCUUUAAUGUGCAAACAAAAACUUCCUCUUUUCAUGAUUUGAGUCAUCUGAUCCGACACUUCUAGCGCUGUGAUUAAAAACAAAAAAACUAAUAAAUUCAACAAACCCACAAUAGAGACGGAAAUCUAUGUCGAAUCCUAAAGCAUUAUUAGUUUUGUAAGUUAUUGCGAACAACAUUACUUUUAUUUUGGUAUUUGGUGUUGUGAAAAAAAAAAACAAUAAAACAAUAAGAUUUCAUUUCAAAUCUAAAAAAUUAUCAAAAAUAAUUAGCACUGAAAUAAACAAGGGAAAAUGAAAACAUGACAAGAAAUCUACGAACCAAAAUUCAUUCAAAUUCGAAUAGACUGGAAUACUAAGUGCUUCUUACCUGGGAAUAUUAUAAAAAAUUGGUCGUAAAACUACAUGAAAAAAUCGGAAUAUUGUUUUCUAGAUGACUGACUGAAGUAAACUGUAUAGAGUUAUAAAAAUUGAGAACAUAAUCGAAAAUAGGAAAAUUUAAAUUUCCAUUAAAUUCAUGAAGGAAUUUUAACCCUUUUUUCAAAUAAAAUGAUUUAUUCUCCCUUUAAAAAGGCUUCAUUUUUUCUUCCUAAAACAGCAUAAUGUAUUUUAACAGAGUUUGGUGAGAUAAUGUGUUAUGUGUCACUUUUUGUAUUAUUUUGAAAAUUUUAAAUAGUCAUCUAAUAUGAAACCAAGUCAAAAGUAUGGUGCAUUCACAGAAAAGAGAACCUGUUUUUAAAAGUAAUAAAACAACAAACCUAAACCGAGCGACUGGGCCUAUUCGGAUUUCGCGGACAAUCAAUGACCGAGAUUAUAUCGAUCUUUUUAUUUCCUAAGGAAAAAUCUUACUAAAGAAAGAAACUGUUGAUAGAAAUAUUUAUGAUAAAAUAUUUGACACAGAAAAAAUAACAAAAACAAAGCAAAACGCUUAACUCUAUAGAGGCAAUCUUAGUUACUUACUCGCAAGCAAAUAUAAGAAAGGAAACCUAAAAGUUAAACAGUAAUAAAAUGAACAAAAACAGAGCAGUGCUACAUUGCUUUUAAUGCUGGUCUUCACUGUAUUUGCUCAGCAAAGAAACAAACCAUAACAAAGGACGUCUAGGUUAAUUGUUUUAUAGUUCAGCUAAACCAGAAGAUGUUCAUACGUGAUAAAAUAUACAAAUUCAAAUUAAAAAAGCCUUUAAACAAAUUACUACAGUGACGAUUAGCAUUGAAGGCAGCGUAGAGCGCCUCAAUUAGUGUUAAAUUUUUCUCAAUUUUAAACGGGUAUUACAUGUACACACAAAACGCAAAGAAAUAUUCUACAAAAGUAUGACAUUGAUUUUUCGCGCCUCCGAAUCAGCCCCACUCGUCGCAUGAAAACGUUAAAAAAACAAUUACUAGCCAAUCGUGAUCUUAAUUUCUAAUUCAUACAUCAAAUCAAAACAUAGAGUAUAACUUACAAAAAUCUCGAAGCAUAAAUGUUUAAGCAAACAAUAAACCAGGAACAGAUUUAUAUUUACAAGUAUGAAAAAAUCACCAAAAACAAAAAUCAUCGAUUGAAAAUUAAGCGUUUUACGAACAGAAACACUAGAAAUCACUUUUAUGUUCCAGCAGAAAAGUUAUUUGCCGUACUGAAAAUAAAAACACAUGCGAUAUCGCAUAUCGAAAACGCUUUUAGACUAAUAAUUCUAAAUCAAUAGUACGGAAGUCCUCGAAGUAUAAAAUAAAAACAAAACUUACGUUGACACAGUCGAGCAGCUGUUCGAAAACCUUAUCAAAUUGACAAUGAACCGUUUUUUUUGUUUUGUCAGAACGCCAAAUUUGUGAGAACGGAAAACACAGAAAGCAACUAUUUUUGCUAGAAUCAAGACUUAUAGAACGAAUAAAAACUAAACACUGCUAAUUCGAUACACUCAAUAAACAAGGGCGGAAUCUGCUCUUUAUUUAAGCCCGAAGCGAUUGUGAUCUGGAAUUCCAACGUAUAUUUACACGAAAAUUGAACAGUUUCGCAUAACACAGUAAUAAA